CGCCAAAUUACGAAGAAAUGUUCGGCUGGUUCCGUGACUACUGGCGCAUCGUGAUCCCGCCCAAGUCGCUCGCCGAGAUCGACGCCGAGCGCUGGCUGCUCGUGUGCCCUUUACCUGGCGGCGAGAGGUCGUGCCAGUGUCGGUCGUUCUUCCGGUACUACAUUCUAAUCGCCGCGAUCGCCGCGCAGUUUGUCUGCGGCGUGCUCUUUGCACUGAGCACGGUCUCCAAGCCGUUUGAUUUGAGCGUCUUUGGCGGCCACGAUCAAGAUCGCAACACGGCGCUUGGCAUCCUCUCCGGUGUUUGCGUCGCGCUCACGGCUGCGUUCGUCGGCCCAGCGUCGGAGCGCAACGGCCCGCGCUGGAGCACGCUCCUCGGCGCGGGCUUUGUUGGGCUCGGCCUCCUCUCGGUGCAGUUGGCGCUUUGGACGUUGACAUGGUCGCCGCUCAUCCUCGGCUGCGUCUCGCUCGGCCUCGGCUUCGGCUACCUCAUGGUGAGCUCGAUCUCGACCGUGCAAAAGUGGUACCCGGACGCGCGCGGCUUUGCCAUGGGCGCGUCCAUGGCUGGCUUUGGCGCCGGCCAAAUCGCAUGGAACGAGCUGUACGCGUACGCGGACGACCGCUUGGACGCCGCCGCCGCCAAGAAUGUCUUUGUGUUGACGCUGCUGGCGCUGUCGCCGCUGCUCGCCUACUGCGUCGUUGCGAUGCGGACGCCGCCGUCAACCUUCCGCGUCAACGGCCACGACAUGCACGGGAUCCCGUCCGACGCGGUCCUCAGCGCCGAACGCAUCCAGGGCGACUACCUCGACUUUGGCAUGACGCUCGUCAACUACACGGCGGUGACCAAGCCGCGCGCCGACGCCGCCGCGCCGGGCACCGAGCGCGCCUACUACGAGCACGUGCGCGGCCUCACCUUGGUGCAGUGCAUUUGUUCGACCGACUUUGUCUGCCUCGUGCUGGCGUUUGCCGCCAACACGACGAUGGCGCUGCUGUACGUCGAGAUUGCGACGCCGAGCGUGGACGGCCUGCUCACCUCGUGGUACGACGUCUCGCUCGAUGACGCCAACGCGUUCAUCCUCCACGCCGACGUUGUCGGUCUGGCCGGCCGCUUCUUUUGCCCGAUCGUCUCGGACGUCUUGUUGCGCGCGCUGUACCUCAACCCCGCGUACGCGCGCAAGCUUGUGAUGCUACUGCUGUUGCUUUUGCCGGCGAUCGCGCUGCCGCUCCUGCACAGCCAGCUCGACGAUUUUGGCCAGCUGAAAACGCUCAUUUUCAUCGUCAAGGUCUGCUCGGGCGGCGGGUUUGCGGUCAUCGGCUGCUUCCUCACUGAUCUCUACGGGGUCUACAACAUGGGCACGAUGUACGGGUUGGUCCUCAUGAGCUGGUCCAUCGGCAUGGUCGUCGUCCGCCUCGUCUUCUCGGGCCUCAAGAGCGACUUUCUCGACCAAGUCCGGCUCAUGUGGGUCCUCUCGAUUGCUGGGUUUGUCUUUAUGGCACUCGUGCGCACUGACAACAUGGACCGGUUCUACCACGGGUACCAGUACUCGGUGUGUGGCAAGAUUGUCAUCCAGCGACCGUACAAGAAAACGACAAGUGUGCGGCAGAGCGUUGCGUCGAUCGCGCGGUCGACGCCGACGCCGGUCGGUGGGAUCGCACCGCCCGACGACACGCGCACCCGUCACGACGAGCCCUUCUUUCUCGUGAGCUCCGAUUCCGAGACGAGCUACGUCGUCUAA